AUGAAAGAAUUAUGUUUUAUGAGAAAUAAAGCAGUGUUUGAUGAUAUACAACCAAAUGCAGUAGCACUAAAGCAGAGAAUAAUGCAACAUACUAAGGAAUAUAAAGUCAUAAUUAAGGGCUAUAUGUGGAACACAGUGGAGGAUCUUCAAAUCUUAAAAACCUUUGGUAUGAAAUGCUGGAAAGUGAAACAUAUCAAGAUUCAAGAAUGCUUAUUUACUUUUCCCAUAGGUGAUCAAAUAUUAUUAUAUUGUGAUGGAGAUUCUAGAAACAAUACUAGAGAGGCUGGAUAUGGUUUUGUGGGAAGAAAUUCAAAUGGUGUUGUCCUAAUUGUUGUUGCAGGUGGAAUGGGGAUUGCAACAAAUUUCAUGGCAGAAGUUUUUGCAGUUAUAAAUGAUUGUGAAUGGGCUAUAAGCAAAGGGUUCUUCAAGUUAUGCAUCAGAACAGAUUCCCAAGCAGUCAUAAGUUCUUUUUCAGCAGAUAAAAUCCCUUGGUAUGUGCAGACAAGGUGGAACAAAAUAGUGGAAGUACUGAUAAGCUGCCAAUUCAUCCAUAGUUACAGAGAAAUCAAUUUCUCUGCAGAUGGUCUUGCAAAAAUGGGUGCUCUAUUAGCUAGAGGUGAAAAUAAAAUCUUCCUAAGUAGACCUUCUUUUAUGAUUCAAAUGGAAAACCCUGAUAUUACAUAUUAUGGGUUUAGUUGA